AACCUCAUGAAAAAAUCCUUAAAUUUUGGCGAUAUUAAGAUUGAAUUCUGCACUUUUUUCUACUUUGAACUAGGAAUAGAAUAAUACUUCUAUCUCAAUCGAGAUUUUUGUAUUUUGAGCYGCUUUUUUAUCAUAAAAAGCCAUAGCGUGAAACGAAUCGAAAUUACUCUUGUAAGGAUUUGAAGUAACUCUAGUUUCACUGGAACGACUGCAGAAGAUAAUUGUCAGACUAACUCGUUUGCUUUUACGCUAACAAGAAAUAAUUCAGAAGACAUGGGGAAACGAAACGCUCACAAUCCUGACAGCGCACGGUCACACGACGACAGGAUAGUAUAUCUGAACAUGGAUUAUUUGCUCUCGUGUCCAGCUGUUUUCAAGAUCCUUGAAUGUAUUUUUUUGAUCGCUGCUAUGGCCUGCAUGGUCCAGUACGAGGCUCACUGGGUGGGGUACCCGGCUAAAGUGAUUUUCUUCUAUAUCGUCGUAUGUGUGUCAUGGAUUCUCUGCUUGUCUUUCUUCAUCAUGUUGCUUUGCACGUGUGACAAGAGAAUGCCUGACUAUGAUUGGAGCCUUUGUAUCGUAUUCACCAGUACCCUUAUCGCUAUUUUCGUCUUUGCGUCCGCUGGACUGAUGGCGGAUGAGGCUCGCAGGCACCAGAAUCUAGGCUGGAAAGAUGUUUUAUCGACGAAGAUUAAUUUCCAUCUUGAUCAUCUUGUCGCUGCCGUAGUGUUGGCAUUUAUUGCAGCUCUGAUAUUCAUUAUCGACGCCAUCGUCCACCUCAUCAGAUUCUUCCAAGAGAGAAAGCGUCGCCGACAGUACAAAGCCAGAACAGGACAAUACUAAUAAUAUCCUUGCCCUCCCCUCCCCCCUUACUAAACCUCCAUGUCCCUGGCUUAUUCAACCAACUUAUAGACGACCCCCAUGCAUGUGACAUCACAGGAGCUCAAUUUGGAGGACAAAACAAAAGAGUUUCAUUCUCCUGAGAAUUGGAAACCUAUUGUUAUGUACUCGAAAUUAAGCAGCAUUCCGACGUGCUGCAAAUUGUCUAUUCCUUAUUUGUCACGUCACGUGACUAUGUUGCUACGUCAACAUCGUAUUCACGUGAUCUCUGACACAGGUAGACCAACAGAUGAAUAAAAAUUCUUAGAAUUCUCAACGAGCAUAACGAAACUAGUUGAUAGGACCUUUUCCAAAAAUCGUUGUCCACAGCAGAAAACAAGAAGCAAGAAGCUGGCGCCCACUAAAAUAAAUGUUGAAUAGUCCCUUUUCUCAUUCCGUAAAUACCGCUGUGUUUUAAGACUGAAGACUCAUCUCCGCAGGCUUAGCCUCAUUUAAGAGUAAAUUUUUUGCAAAUGUCAACUCUAAUGUAAAGAAUGUGCAGCUUGAACAAUACCAAUGUUUUGAAAUCCCACAGACUUUUAAUGGUAUCUGUGAAUAGCUGACUUAUAAACCAGGCAAGACCUGUGCAAAUGAGUCUGUAGUCUUCAAAAACAGCGGUAUGCAUUGAAUGUGAAAACUAGUGUAUUAUCUUGCAGUUAAAUUGGUCCCGACAACGAUUUUUACUAUAAUAAGCGUAUGUUUUACUUUUUAGCAGAGUAGAUUAGAGUUUUGAACAAUAAAUGUAUAGCAUAUUUUUUAAGAUGCAAGUGCUUAAAGUUAUGUAUAUUUAUUCGUUGUAACGAUUUAUUUUUAGCUGUCACGUGCUUAGAUUUAUGAUAGAUUAUAACUAAUUGAUAUCGAUAGGAAUAACGAUAGUUAUAUAAAUAUAAAAGAUAAGAAAACAAGGCGUUCGAAACACAAAAACACGCUGCAUACUGAACACAAUUUUUUCUAGAAAAACCGUAAUAAAAAUCAUUUCAGAAUUAAAA